AUGCCUGUAGCAGAGCCCACUUCCGGACGCUUAUUUAUAUGGCUUAUCUCUUGUUUCUUGUUUACCUGCGUUACUGUUGGUGGAAUCUUCCUCCUUUUGUACAUUGUCCUCCCUCAGAAUCAAGCUAAACCUUGGCUUCCAAUUGUUGGUGUAACCCUUGUUUGUCUCCCUUGGAUUUUUUGGUGCUUUACUUGUCUUUAUCGUAUCAUUUCUCGAGCACUUGGAAUUAGGGUUGUUAUCCGUUGUGGCGGCGGCGGUGGUGAUGGUGGUAGUAGCGCUCGUACUCGUUCAAAUGUUUCUAAUACAUCAAGGAAUGUAGCAUCCCAUGAGCCUGCAAACCUUAACUCUCCAUUAGAGCCUGCUGAAGAAGAAGAUGGAAGGGGCGUCCAGUUUGGAGGGGCAGCAGUUUUGGGAGAGGGCGAUGAUGACCAUGAAAAGAAGAAUGCAAAUUUGAGGAGUUUAUCGACUAGCAUUUCAAGCAAUGAUUUGUCCGUUGCUUCUCGUGAAAGCGAAAUGCCUUUAACCCAAGCUAUAGCAUCCUAA